AUGUCAAAAACUGAUGCAGUCGGUCAUGAUAUAGCUUAUUUUGAAUGUGGUGAAGGUUAUGAAAAAAAAUGUGAUAUAGAAGUAUUAGCUGCUCAUUGUAAUUCCAAUCCUUCAUGUCAAGGAUUUAAUACGAAUGGUUUAUUAAAAUCAUGUACAUCAGGUUGUGAUGCUGGUUGUUGUUAUGAUGUUACACAAAAUGUUGAUUUAUACAUACGUAAAGGUUUCUUACCACCCAAUGAUUGGCAAGAUGAUGUUGAUAGAGGAAAACUUUUAUUUGCUAAUCCCGAACCACAUUUUUGUUUUCUACCUGCAAUUGGUAAUGGUUAUAUUGGUACAGUUGUUAUGUCAGCAUCAUUAUUUCAAAGUGGACUAUUUAUUGGCAAAUGUGGAAAUAUAGGAAAAGCAAGAAUACCAUCACCAAUUGGUGGUUCAAUAACAUCUGGGCAAUUGAUUGCAAGUGGUCUUCAUUUUGAAAAAGCGACAUUUACACGUCGAUACAAACUUGAUGAUAGUAUUGUAGAACAUCGAGUUUUUAUUAGUCGAAAUCUUAAAAGUGUAAUGGUACUUGAAUUUUCUGUUGUUUCAUCGGCAUCGAAAAAUGUAACAUUUUCAUUUUCAUCCACUUUUGAUCCACUUAAUCAAACACAUAAUACGGAAACAACUUGCACAGGUGGUAGUGGUGUUGAAAUUGAUAUUAAAUUUACUUUCAAUUCAAAUUUAUCAACAUCAUCAAUGAAUGUUUAUGAAGGUAUUUUAUUAAGUCAAGAUGAUCAUAAUCGAUCACUUUAUAUAACUAUUUGUACUCAACAACCAAAUGAAAUAAUUACAAUAUCAUCAUCAUCAUCAUUACAAUUAAUUUCUACUCUUGCUAGUAGUAUUGAUUUCGGAAUUGAUUCUAUUGAUCAAAAAACAGUAACAUUAGAAGCUAUUAAUCGUUUUGAUGAAGCAUUAACUAAACGAAAUUAUUUAUUUAUUGAACAUGUUCAUGCAUGGCAAAAUCUAUGGAAAUCUGGUAUUGAUAUAGAACCAAUAGAAGAUCAAUCAUUUGUAUCAUCAAGAAUUUUUUUGGAUACAAAUAAUAAUACAAUUAUAAGAACAUUUUCUCGAGCACUUGAUAUUGCUCAACAUAUAAAUAGUUCAUUGUAUUAUUUAUUAACUAGUUCACGAGAUGAUUGGCCAUAUGGUAUUAGUCCAGGUGGUUUAGCUUCACAAUCCUAUUCAGGUGUGAUAUUUAUGGAUAUGGAUUGGUAUAUGAUGCCUGCUCUUCUACCUUUUCAUCCAUCACUUGCCGCUAAUAUAAUUCGUUUUCGAUAUAAUAGUUUAGAAGAAUCAAAUAAUAUUGCAAAAAUCUUUGGCUAUAAUGGAUCAAUGUUUGCAUGGACUGCAUCAUAUUUUGGUCGACCACAAGGUUGUUGCGAUGGAAAAGGUGGUUGGGAAAACUGUAUAGAACAACAUGUAACUGGUGAUGUAGCAGUUGCUGUACAAAUGUAUUAUUAUGCUACACGAGAUCGUGUUUGGUUAGAAAAUAUUGGUUGGCCACUUUUACGUGAUAUUGCUCGAUUUUGGUCAAGUCGAACAACAAAAACAGAUAAUAUAACAUAUUCCAUCAAUGGAAUAAUGCCUGUUGAUGAAUGGUGUGAUAAUACACAAUCAAAAUGUGGUGAUAUUGGUGUUAAUAAUGCAAUACAAACGAAUGCAGUUGCUGUGGUAUCAUUAAUAUUUGCAACUGAAGUUGGAAAUAUGUUUGGAUUUGAUGUUGAUCCAGAAUGGAUUCAAACAGCAAAAAAAUUAAAAAUAAAUUUUAAUGCUACAACUCAAACACAUAUUCAAUGGGAUAAUGCUGUACCUCCAUCAUCCCCACAUACAUAUGUGUGUCCUGAAGAUGUUCUAUUCUUAACUUAUCCAAUGAAUUUUAAUGUAACACCAGAAAUCAUACGAAAUGAUGCUGAAACAUUUAUUCCAAUAACAUGUGAAGAAAAUGCUGGUAUGACUGGACCUAUACAUGCUAUUAUAUGGCUUAUGUUAAAUGAAACAUUGAAAGCUGAAGGUGAAUUUAAUCGAUCCUUACAAGCUUGUACAUAUGGUGAAUUUCAUGUUCGAAAUGAGGUUGAUAUUCAUCCAGAUAUUAUUGGAGGACAUGGAUUCAAUUCACAUUUUCUUACUGGUGAUGGUGGAUUUAUUCAAGCAGUUAUGAUGGGUUAUGCUGGUCUUCGAUAUGAUAAAAAAGGUCUUUUAUUCAAUCCUUUACCUGGUAGUAUAACACCAUCAACAAAAAGUAUUCGUUUACGAAAUAUUCUCGUUCAUGGAACAUAUCCAUUUGAUUAUAUUAUUGAUCAAACAUCCAUGAAUUUUAUUACUUCUGAUAUCAAUUCAAAUAUACUUUGUAUUACUGAUAAUCGUGAUAAUCAAUGGCAAAUUACUAGUCAUCAAUUGAAAUUAAAUUUUGAAGAUAUUUAUCUCCCCAUUCGAGUAGAUUUAUGCAUUUAA